AUGGAAGCAACGCAAGAAGCCACCCAGCCAUGCACGGAUCCACGCCGCCUGGGCCACAACAAUUCCGGUCUGUUAGGGGAUGAUGUGUCGGAUGUCAUCUGCAUUCUACACCCUAACUCGCUCUAUGCCCAUGAUGCAGUGGCUGCGACUGCUAAUAUUCGCCCAGAUCACAUCUUGCAGAGGGAGAAACUGGCAUAUGAAUCCGCUGAUACUGCAGCACUAGAUAUUGCUCUGCGACUCUCGUCGAACGUCCGCGACCUAGGCUCUGGCUUUUGCUUUGGCCGCAACCCCUCACGCUGUGACAUUCUUCUAUCGGCCGAUGAUAGUUCCAAGCGGAUCUCCAACUGUCACUUCCGGAUUUAUCUCACAAACGAUGGCAUCUUAAUGCUCGAAGAUACCUCCACAAACGGCACCCUGGUGGACAAUAAUCGUAUCCGCAAAAAUGAGGUCAACAGUCGAAUGCUCACCAACGGCUCUGUCAUCCAGGUGGUACAUGGCCCCCUUGCUUCUGACGAAGUUAGGUUUAUUGUCCGAAUGCCAUCCCGAGAUACCUUUGCGAUGCAGUACACAGAGAACAUAGUCCGGUACCUUGAGCGAGUACAGAAGCAUCAGACGGGAGUUGUGCAACCCAUAACUCGUCAAGGCUCACAGCCUCUGCAGUGGGCUGUCGCUCAGACAUUUGGAAUGCAUUGGACCGGAGGUGCAAAAUACAACAUAACUGGACAAAUCGGCAAAGGUGCUUUUGCAACAGUUUACAAGCUCGCGACGAAACAACAUGGCAUAGUCUUCGCAGCCAAAGAGCUUGAGAAGACUCGUCUCUUAAAAACUGGUGCCCAGAAGGUUGACAACGAAAUGAGGAUCAUGAGAGAUCUCAAGCAUCCCAACAUUGUGCAAUAUGUUGAUUACCAUGAGCACGACAGGUGGAUUUACAUCAUCAUGGAGUAUGUGCCUUGUGGAGAGUUGUCUACCUACCUUCAUAAUUGCAGGACAAUUUCGGAGCCAGUGGUCCAGCAGAUGACUCGACAGAUCUUGCAUGCGUUGAAGUAUCUCCAUAAUCGCAGAAUCACCCAUCGAGAUAUCAAACCGGAUAACAUCCUCAUCUCGUCAUUUGAGCCUUUCAGAGUCAAGCUCUCAGACUUCGGGCUUUCGAAAGUGGUGCAAGAAGAAUCGUUUCUCAAGACCUUUUGCGGCACGCUUCUGUAUUGCGCGCCUGAGGUGUAUCCGGAGUAUGCAUCCUAUCGCGCAGGUGAAGUCAGGAAGAGGCGUCGAUUUGGUGACCCGCCGCCCAAGACGACACCAUACGACCAGUCCGUGGAUAUAUGGUCAUUUGGUGCUGUCCUCUAUCAUAUCCUGGCUGGUGUUCCUCCGUAUACGGGCUCAGCCGAAGAUAGAGGCGCCAAGAUGCUACGUCUUAUCAUGACAACUGACCCAGAUUAUGAUCGCCUUCGCCAAGCGGGCAUUUCGGAAGCCGGUAUUGAUUUCGUUUCCCGGCUCCUCAAUCGUGAGCCGCAUUCCCGGCCCAAUGAACAAGAAUGCUUCCAGCAUCCCUGGAUUGCCAAUGUCGAAGACGUCGAUGAAUACGAAGACGACGAAAUGCAGCCCGACGACUUUGGAGGAGCUCUGUCAGACAUCGGCGAGGACAUCGAAGGGGAAUUAGAUGCAUCUCAACUUUCACUCGACGAAGAUGCGGAGGAACCCGACUCGGCCGAGGGCAACCAGUUGACCCAGUCAAAACGACCUCGAAUUGACAAUCCCGCGGCAGAUAUUUGCUAUCCAUCGCUCCCAGCCCUCGAAACGCCGAAUGACAUCCAGCCUGGUCCGGAGGCUACGCCUAAGCGUCUGUUUGGCGAAAUCACCCCGGCUGCUCUCCCCAGCUCGCACGCAUUGGGUGUGGGUGCCAGUUUGGAAGCCGACGAUGGCGACGACUAUAAUUUGAAAAUGAACUCGUCCCAACCAGCCAUAUUCACGGGAGUCGAAACACCGACAAAACGAACUAGUCCAGCUGACAAACAGGAGGCCCCGACAGGUGGGAACGUACCAACCCCAGGUCGAGCGACUCGCAGCCAAUCAACCCCUAAGGCCUCGAAAUUUAGUCGUCGAAUCGAACUUCCCCUUCCCGACAGCGCCAGUAAUACUUCCAGCAACGGGAGCAAGCCAGCAAGUAUCACCAGUCGCAGCAAAUCACCUACCAAGUCGCCUACCACACCAGCCGCUGCGGCAGCAGUUGAUGAUGAACUGGCUGUCACACUUGAUGCUCGAACCGGAAAAGAAAUCCCCGUUCCCUCCGCCCCGAAUUCCCAAUUCCAGUCCGACUGUAUCCCCCCUGAGCUUAGUAUUCCCCGAACUAUCCCCCCUCUACAGUCUCGCAAAAAUCGGCCUUUGCUGGGAAAACUGACAAGCGUUCCGGGCUCUAUUCUCGACAUUACUAUCCGUUUGGAAACCCGAAUGACAUCUUGGGGACGUGGCCCGCUAGCAACCGUUUGCUAUCCAGAUCCCUUAGACACCCGCAUUCCUGCCUACGCCUUGGAAGUGACAUUUUGGACCCCAGCCAUUGAAGCACGAAUCGCGGCCGGAGAUGACUGGAUGGCUAUUCCUGGAGUGAUGGCGAUUCUUUCCACGAAGACGCGCAAUUGUAUUUGGGUCAACGACACGGAGUUACGGCGCGGUGAUGAGAAUGGACGCCCGGGGCUUCAGUUUGGAAAGCUAUACACUGGAGAUAUUAUUACCGUUUACAGACAACGAAACAAAUUUCUCAAGCUCCAAUGCGAGUUUUACCACGGCGACAGUGCGCGUCCACGACCAGAUCACGAGAAGGGCUUCACCGUUCGCAAAGUCUUGAAGUCGAAGAAGGAAGACAUGGGCACCAAUCGUCAACGGGUGCAGAAGAAAAACAACUUGAAAAAAUAA